UGUGUGUGUGUGUGUGUUUGUGUUUGUGUCGCGUAUUCUUCAGCGCGGAACAUCGGAACACGACCGAGUGACCCGAGCGACAUGGACGGACUGUUUCACCAGUGGGGAGCGUCCCCGGUGUCCCAAGGGCCUCCGUACGUGGAGGUGAUCGAGCAGCCGAAAGCUCGAGGCAUGCGCUUCCGCUAUAAGUGUGAGGGCCGAUCCGCCGGGAGCAUCCCGGGAGAGAAGAGCAACGACACCACCAAAACACACCCCGCCAUCAAGGUUCACAACUACAGCGGGCCGCUGAGAGUGCGGAUCUCCUUGGUAACCAAGAACCAGCCGCACAAGCCACACCCACACGAGCUGGUGGGAAAAGACUGCAAACACGGGUAUUAUGAGGCCGAUUUACAGGAGCGGCGGAUACACAGUUUCCAGAAUCUGGGUAUUCAGUGUGUGAAGAAGAAGGAUGUGGGAGACGCUGUUUCAUGUCGACUGCAAACACAGAACAAUCCCUUUAAUAUUCCUGAGGGGAAGAUCUGGGAGGAAGAGUACGACCUGAACGCAGUGCGUCUGUGUUUCCAGGUGUCCAUCACUCUACCCAGCGGGGAACUCUUCCCACUCGAGCCUGUGGUGUCCCAGCCCAUCUACGACAACAGAGCACCGAACACGGCUGAGCUGAAGAUCUGUCGUGUCAACAGGAACUCUGGCGGCUGCCGAGGGGGAGACGAGAUCUUCCUACUGUGUGACAAAGUGCAGAAAGAGGACAUCGAGGUGCGAUUCUUCCGGGACUCGUGGGAGAGUAAGGGCUCGUUCUCGCAGGCUGAUGUUCAUCGUCAGGUGGCCAUCGUGUUUCGCACGCCCCCGUACCACGACACGAACCUGUCGGAGCCGGUGCGGGUGAAGAUGCAGCUCCGCCGGCCCUCAGACCGCGAGGUCAGCGAGCCCAUGGACUUCCAGUACCUGCCCGCCGACCCGGACGAGCACCGGCUGAUGGAGAAGCGCAAGCGGACAGAAGGGAUGCUGCAGAACCUCAAACUCGGCAGCAUGAUUUCAGGAUCCUCCGUGCCGACAGACAGACGGCCGUUCAGUACAGCGAAACGAACCCUAGCCGUGUCCAAACCCACAGCCACCAGUAUCACUGCAGCGUCGGCGUGCGUGUCUGCGGCCCCCGCGAUGAAGCCCCUGCCGUCCUCGUUCUUCGGGCCGGCCCCGGGACAGCUCUUCGCUCAGCCGGCCCAGAGUGCCCUGAAGGUGGAGCCGCAGACGUCGGUCGGGGACACCUGGAAGUUCCUGCAGAGCCUGACCGUAGACUCUCAGCCCAAAGCCGUGUCAGUGAGCAACUUCACCAGCACUCAGCAACCCAGCGUCUUCUCCACCGUCAACCUGUCGGACCUGCACGACUUCAGCCUGGGCGGCUUCAUCUCCGCGGAGCCGCUGAGCGCGGCGAGCGCCCCGAGUGCGGCCCCCCAGGACAUGCAGGGCGCCUACAGGGUGGACGACGAGCUGCCCGAGUUCCCCAGCUUCUCCGAGGUGGCGAACGACGUCGACAACAUCAACAUCGAGGACUUCCAGGCCAUGCUAGGAGGCGAGUCGAUGGGCAAGCCGGCGUGUCACAUGACCUCGGCGGGCGCCGGCGAGGGCCCGGAUCAGGACCCCGGGGCCAACAGCUCCACCUGGAUGAGCUUCCCGCCCAGCAUCGCCAGCCUCCUGCAGAACGAGCCCAUGCUGGAGAGCGGGUCGAACCCGUCCGCGGUGCUGGACGACCUGGAGGUGCUGAACUCCCUCGAGGACGACCGCUUCAUGUCCAUCUUCACCAGCAGCAGCCACAUGGGCUUCGGACACCCCACCUGAACCUGGCGC